CACAUGCCAAACUGCAAACUACCGCCGCUGAACCCACCUGUGCCAACCCUCCAAACCAACCGCCCCCUUCCCUGUCGCGCCUCCGAAUCACCACAUACCACCAUAAGCUAUACUCGAUCCUAACGCCAGAAGCUCGAGAUUGUGUCUGCCGCCAAGACCCCCGACGGACCCGACGACCUUGUCUGUUUUUCCUACCGUUUAUCCAUCGACCGCAUCGCCAUCCGUCAUCAUCCUCACUCCCACUUCCGAGCAAUAAGCAGCCUCCCCCGCUGCCGAGCCAGCACUCUGCUGCUCUCCUCCCCCACCUCCGCGAACCUUGUGCUCUAGACACGAUGGCCAUGUCAAGGUUCAACUCUAAAUCUCCCACUAUCCGGCGCAUAAUGCGCGAGGCCCAAGAGCUCUCGGCCUCGCCAUCGCCCGACUUCACGGCGACGCCGCUCGAGUCGGACCUGUUCGAGUGGCACUUCACGCUCCGCGGCCCGCCCGACUCUGUCUACGCCGACGGCCUGUACCACGGCCGCAUCGUGCUACCGCCGACGUACCCGCUCCGCCCGCCCUCGUUCCGCUUCGUCACGCCCUCGGGCCGCUUCGAGGCCAACCGCGAGAUCUGCCUGAGCAUCUCGGGCCACCACGAGGAGACGUGGCAGCCCGCCUGGGGCGUCCGCACCGCCCUCGUCGCCCUGCGCUCCUUCAUGGAGACGGACCCGCGCGGCCAGCUCGGGGGGCUCGAGACCACCGACGCCGUCCGCCGCCGCCUCGCCGCCGAGUCGCGCGCCUUUAGGUGCCCCGCCUGCGGCGGCCGCUCAAACGCCGACAUCAUCGCCGAGGCCGAGGCCGAGGCCGCUGCUGCUGGCGACGGUGGGCCUGCCGGCGCCGAGGUUGAGGUCCCCGCGGAGCUGAAGAUGGGCUGGCGAGACGAGAUGGGCAAGAACCCCGCGCCUGCUGCCGCCGCAGCUGCCGCCGCCGCCACCGCUCCGUCGGAGGAUCCCGAAGUCGCCGAGCUGGCCGAGGGGUUCGUCCAGACCGUCGCGCCCCAGCCGCAACUGCAGCCGCAGCCGCAGCCCACCAGGACCGUGCCCCUCGCCCCCAUUCACCGGCCAGCAGCGGCGGCGGCGAUGGGCGCGCCGCUGGUCCAGGCCGCGCGGCCACAGUACCGAGCGUCGCCCGAUGGCGUGCCCGUCUGGGUCGAUAGGGCCAUCGCCAUCGUCAGCGUCAUGCUCCUCGCCAUGUUCCUCAAGGUCUUGGUGGUCUGAGACGGCGGUGGCCCGGGAGGCUGCGAGUUUACUUUGCUUUCUGUCACGCCGCCACUUUCUUCUGGCGUUACUUGGUGUUCCUUUCUCGGCAGGAUUAUUCCGAUACUAUUUUACGGACCGUAUAGGCGCUUUGGGGGAGUUUGGACCGAGUCUGGAGGGCGUUAAUGGGGGCUGCGGACUUUGGGCGCAUUCUUGGAAUUACUUACAAACAACCCCCUGAAAAACCAGGCAGGGAAGCAGAGGAUGAGGCGGCAGUAGGCUUUGUGGAUAUCAAUCACAUAUAAUCGACACACUACACUAUAGUCAUCGCGAUUAGGACAUCGUGGCCAAAAAGCCCACAUCGUCCAGGCUUGUUCAACGAAGACAACCGUGCAGACGGAUGGCCAUAUCCUACAUGAAUUCUCCGC